AAACAAAGUCUUUUGUUUUUGUUUUUUUUUGGUUGAAUGAUAGAGAGAUUUGUUUUGAAAUCUAAGAUUAAGAAAAGGAAGAAAGAAAGUAGAGAAGAUGAGGAAAGAAGCAUCAAAACCAAGAGCAGUGCUUCCAAACGCAACACCAAGACUGAGGGAGGAGUAUCAGAUAGGGAGAAAACUGGGUCAGGGGCAGUACGGCAUAACGUACCUGUGCACGCACAAAUCCUCAGGCACUCACUUCGCAUGCAAAUCCAUUCCAAAGCGGAAACUGGUGUGCAAAGAAGACUACGACGACGUUUUGAGAGAGAUUCAGAUCAUGCAUCACCUCUCCGAACACCCCCAUGUCGUCCAAAUCAAAGCCACCUACGAGGACUCCGUCUUCGUCCACCUGGUCAUGGAGCUCUGCGCUGGGGGUGAGCUCUUCGAUCGUAUCAUUCAAAGGGGCCACUACAGUGAGCGCCAAGCCGCUCAUUUGAUCAAGAUCAUUGUGGGUGUUGUUGAGGCUUGUCACUCUCUUGGCGUCAUGCAUAGAGAUCUCAAGCCCGAGAACUUCCUCUUCGAGAGUACUGACGAGGAUGCCAAGCUCAAGGCCACCGAUUUUGGUUUGUCUGUCUUCUAUAAGCCAGGUGAAGUGUUUUUUGAAGUUGUUGGAAGUCCUUAUUAUGUGGCGCCUGAAGUGCUUCGCAAGCAUUACGGACAUGAAGUAGAUGUAUGGAGCGCUGGUGUUAUUUUAUACAUCUUACUAAGUGGAGUUCCACCUUUUUGGGCAGAAAAUGACACAGGAAUUUUCAAAGAGAUCUUGAAAGGCAAAUUGGAUUUUAAAUCUGAUCCUUGGCCUAAUAUUUCAGAGAGUGCAAAAGACUUGAUUAAGAAAAUGCUUGAAAUGGACCCUAAGAAAAGAAUAUCUGCUCAUGAAGUCCUAUGUCAUCCUUGGAUUGUGGAUGACAGAGUUGCACCCGACAAACCAUUGGAUUCUGCAGUAUUAUCACGCCUGAAGCAAUUCUCAGCAAUGAACAAACUCAAGAAGAUGGCCUUGCGUGUUAUAGCAGAAAGACUUUCAGAAGAAGAAAUUGGUGGUUUAAAAGAACUGUUCAAAAUGAUUGACACAGAUAAUAGCGGGACGAUAACAUUUGAAGAACUGAAAGAGGGCUUAAGGAAAGUGGGCUCUGAACUAAUGGAAUCUGAGAUUAAGACUCUUAUGGAUGCGGCUGAUAUUGACAACAGUGGAACAAUAGACUAUGGUGAAUUUCUUGCUGCUACCUUGCACUUGAAUAAGAUGGAGAGAGAAGAGAAUUUAAUUGCAGCCUUCUCUUUUUUCGACAAAGAUGGUAGUGGUUACAUAACCAUUGAUGAACUUCAACAGGCUUGUAGAGAGUUCGGUCUAGGUGAUGCUCAUCUGGAUGAGAUGAUUAGAGAAAUUGAUCAAGACAAUGAUGGACGUAUAGAUUAUGGGGAGUUUACUGCAAUGAUGAGGCAAGGUGAUGGAGGAAUUGGGAGCAGAACCAUGAGAAAUAAUCUAAACUUCAACUUGGCAGAUGCAUUUGGAAUAAAUGACACAACUUAAGAUUGACUCAAGUAAUUUUUGUAUAGUAAAAAAUAAGUGAUUUUAGAAAAGCAUCAAAAUUAGAACUUCUUUAACAGUGAUUCUAAGAAGAGUUUCUAGCCUUUCUAGCACUUGAAAACAACUCUUUUAAUUAAAAAAUUCAAGUGCUAGAAAGCUUAGAAGCUUCUUAAAAUUACUACCAAGCAGAUACUUAAUCUCUUAAUGAUUCACGAUUAUGAGCUUAUAUUUCAUUCAA